UAGUGUGUCGUUUUACUCACAUUCCCAACUUGCUUCUCCUUUCAUGUUUCUUUCCUUCCUGGCCAAGAAAUCUCUUUCCUUUCUCUCCAACAUCUUGCUUUUGUGAGUUUUAAAGUUGACUGUGAAACGGGUUUUUUGAUAUCAUCAUUGAUAUUGCAUGCAGAUGAGAAGAAAAUGUGUGUGAAAAAAGAAUAAGAAUAGUGAAAAUGACGAAGGGAGACGGUUCAGAUGCUAAGAAACGUCAGUUUUUCUUGAAUGCUGAUGAAGACAAGGACUUACACAAAGCACCUGUAGAUGUGAAGAGAGAGUUUGAACAAUUUGAUGAUUUGCUGAAUGGAGACAGCAUACGUUUCAGAAGUGCUAGGUGGAAGGUUCUUUUCAGUGAUAAUUUUCUGAAAUCAUUUAAAAAUUUGAAGUCUGUAACGAGAAAAAAAUCUGUUAUAGAACGUCUAUUUAAACUUUCCCAGGGCUGGAGACCCAAGAAGAGAAGUUCAGAUCCGGUGUGUGGAAGUUCGUCAAAGAUCAUAAAGCAAUUUAAGGUUGAAGAUCUUUAUAUUGUUUGUGCGAACGACAUCGGAAAGGAAUGGAGUGACGUGGUAAAGGAACUGAGGUACUAUCAAGUUUUGAAGGUCUGGGAUAUAUUACCUGCAGGGGAAGUUCAAAAAUUUAUCGAACGGCUUGACAGCAUGUUUGGGAAAUAUACAGAUGACUUUCUUAAUCGUUGCAAAAAGAAACGUCUUGAGGGGGAUUUGGAAGUUCCGGAGAGUUGGUCAGCCUCUUUUGAUAUUGUACGGUUUAGGAAUGUUGCUAACAGUGAAAAUGAGAGUGAUUUAGUUGGUUGUGCGUCUGAUGGUGGACAUUAUCUUGAGAAUGCAAAGGUUAGUGAGAGUUUGAUGCUGAUGAAAUGCUACUCUUUCUCAUUUGGUGUAGUGGGUCAGUUGCUUUCAAACAAGGAUAGUGGUGAAUUGGAUCUUCUAUUUGAAGUAACUGACCAAGAGCAGGAGAUAAUCGUUUUUCCUAGAAGUGCUUUUAUACUUGCACGGUCAGGUACUGGGAAAACCACUGUUUUGACUAGAAAGUUGUUAGAGAAAGAAAAGGUUCUCCAGAUGGCAACAAAGUUAUUUUAUGGUGUGAAUAGCAAUAACCUUGUGCAUAGCCCAGAGAAUAAGGUUGAGGAGACCUUGGCGGAAACAAAGAGAGUUAUAUUGCACCAGCUUUUUGUGACAGUGAGCCCUAAACUGUGUUAUGCUGUCAAACUACAGGUCACACAGCACGUUUCUCAGUUGAAAAGCUCUGUCUAUGAUGGUGAUUGCUCUAAAGGUACCAGUUCAAGGGAUAUUGAUGAUUUUGAUGAUGUAGUUCAAUUCGAGGACAUCCCAGAUUCUUUUGUUGGUGUUCCUACCAUGUCCUAUCCUCUUGUGAUAACAUUUCAUAAAUUUUUGAUGAUGCUUGAUGGAACUAUGGGCAACUCCUACUUUGAAAGAUUCCAUGAAGUGAGAAAACUUGAUCGUGGUCAAGUUGGUGGAAGAUCAAUUGCUUUGGAGACCUUUAUAAAGUUGAAGGAAGUUAAUUAUGAGAGGUUUAGUUUAUCAUACUGGCCCCAUUUUAGUGCCAGCCGAAGUACAAUGCUUGACUCUUCCAGAGUUUUCACAGAGAUUAUUUCUCAUAUAAAAGGUGGCCCACAAACUGUAGAGGAAGGUGAUGGUAAGCUCAGUCGCGACGACUAUCUUUUACUAUCAAAUAGCCGUGUUUCCAGUUUAAGUAGAGAGGAGAGAGAAAUAAUAUAUGAGCUCUUUCAAAAUUAUGAAAAGAUGAAGAUGAAAAGGGAUGAAUUUGAUCUGGCUGAUCUUGUGAUAGAUCUACAUCGUCGUUUGAGAAUUGGAAGCUACACUGGUGAUAAAUUUGAUUUUGUAUACAUAGAUGAGGUUCAGGAUCUUACAUUGAGCCAAAUUGCGUUAUUCAAAUAUAUCUGCAAAAAUGUUGAAGAAGGUUUUGUUUUCUCUGGUGAUACGGCACAAACUAUUGCAAGGGGAAUUGAUUUUAGGUUCCAGGAUAUACGAUCUCUAUUCUACAAGAAGUUUCUUAUGGAAUCAAAAAGCGAUGGACAUAAUAAAAGAGAAGAAAAAGGUAUAAUCUCAAAAAUUUUUCAUCUGAGCCAGAACUUCCGUACUCAUGAUGGGGUUCUCCAACUAGCACACAGUGUUAUUGAACUUCUAUAUCAUUUCUUUCCUCAAUCGAUUGAUGUUUUGGAGCCUGAGAAUAGUUUUGUGUAUGGAGAAGCUCCGAUUUUACUUGAAUCAGGGAGCAAUGAAAAUGCAAUCAUCACUAUUUUUGGAAAAAGUGGAGCACGUAUUGUUGGCUUUGGUGCAGAGCAGGUAAUAUUGGUACGGGAUGAUUCUAUGCGGAAGGAAGUUGCCAAAUAUGUUGGGAAGCAAGCUCUUGUUCUAACUAUUGUGGAGUGUAAGGGCCUUGAGUUUCAGGAUGUAUUGUUGUACAACUUUUUUGGCUCAUCACCUUUGAAAAAUAAAUGGAGGGUAAUAUAUGAAUAUAUGAAGAUAUACAAUUUACUCGACUCAACUUCACCAAGCUCCUUUUCCACUAAACACAAUGUCAUGUGCUCAGAACUAAAGCAACUUUAUGUAGCUGUCACACGAACAAGGCAAAGAUUGUGGAUUUGUGAGAAUACAGAGGAGUUCUGCAAACCUAUGUUUGACUAUUGGAAGAAAAAGCGUCUUGUCCAAGUCAAACAACUGGACUACUUACUUGCUCAGGCAAUGCAAGUUGCUAGCAGUUCAGAGGAGUGGAGGUCAAGGGGCAUGAAGUUAUAUCAUGAUUGUAACUAUGAAAUAGCAACAAUGUGCUUUGAAAGAGCUGGAGAUACUUAUUGGGAAAGAAGAUCAAAGGCUGCUAGCCUUAGAGCCACGGCUGACCGAAUGCGACAUUUGAAUCCUAAAGCAGCAAAUGGUAUACUUAGAGAGGCUGCCAAUAUAUUUGAAGCAAUAGGCAAGGGUGAUUCUGCUGCCCGUUGUUUUUUUGAGUUGGGAGACUAUGAAAGAGCAGGCAGGUUGUAUUUAGAAAAAUGUGGGGAGUCAAAGCUGGAAAAGGCUGGAGAAUGCUUUUCUCUUGCGGGAUGUUAUGAACAAGCGGCUGAUGUUUAUGCUAGGGGUUAUUUUUUCCUAGAAUGUUUAAAAGUUUGCUCCAAGGGAAAAUUAUUUGACAAGGGUUUGGAGUACAUUCGGUAUUGGAAACAAGAUGCAACUAUGGACUUUGGCGUGAUUAGAAGAGGAAAAGUAAUAGAAAAACUUGAAUUAGAGUUUCUAGAGAGUUGUGCUCAUCAUUAUUAUGAGCAUAAAGAUCACAUAUCCAUGAUGAGGUUUGUUAAAGGUUUUCAUUCCAUAGAAUUGAUGCGCAAGUUUUUGAAGCGUCUGGGUUGUUUUGAUGAGCUUUUGUUGUUGGAAGAAGAAUUAGGCAACUUCUUAGAGGCUGCAAACAUUGCGAAGCUAAGAGGGGAUAUACUAAAGGCUUCUGAUCUCCUUGGGAAGGCCGGUAAUUUCAAAGAAGCAUCCAUGCUAAUUAUCCUCUUUGUGUUGUCCAACUCAUUAUGGACAGUUGGAAGUAAAGGCUGGCCUUUAAAGCAGUUUACAGAGAAGCAAGAGCUUUUGGCAAAAGCAAAGUCAUUUGCUAAGAAUGAGUCCAACAACUUCUAUGCUUGUAUUUGUACAGAGGCUGAUGUUUUAUCAAACGAGAAGACUAGUGUGUCCGUCAUGAAAAAUUAUUUGAAUUCUUCUCAAACACAUAAGAGUGCUUGUGGUGAAAUAAUAUCUGCCCGAAAAAUUAUAGAUGCUCAUCUUCAUACAAACUCGUCAAAGUAUAUGUGGGAGGAUUAUUUUGUUUUUGAUCCAAUAAAGCAUUCAGAUCAGAUGAUCUCUGAAAAUCAGAUUUCUAUAGAAACACUUGUUUACUUUUGGAAUUUUUGGAAAGAUCAUGUUGUGAACAUUUUCAAGUAUCUCAGAAGUCUUGAAACCCAAGAUUUUAAUGAAUAUAAACACUAUGGAGAUUUCUGUUUGAAUUAUAUGGGAGUGUGGAGACAGUUCUGUGAACUUAACACAAUAUAUCUUUUGCUCAACCCUGGUGCUGAUUGGGUGAGAGAUAUGGAUAAUCGAUUCCUUCAUUUGAAUGGAAAGUUGGUUUCUAUUAAUGUUCGCCAUUUAGCUUUGAUUGCUAGAAGUUAUUGGUCUUUAGAAAUACUUUCUGUUGGCCUACAGGUUUUGAAGCAUCUUAAAGCUCUAUAUAAUCUCUCAUUACAGAAUAAUCUCUCCAUGUUCUGCCAAAGUAGAUCACUUACUCAUAUAUAUGAGGUUGCAAAGUCUCUUUUGGACUGUGGGUACCAAGAUGAUGAGGCAUUAAAGAGAUUUGUGAAAUUUUCUGUUGAAUCCUUCUUUGGCUAUGUAUUUCCUCUAGAUUGGCGAAAAUCAUUGGCAGAUAACAUGUUUUCUUUGAGAGGGAGUGAAGUUUCUAAGAAUUUACUACAGCAAGCGAUAUUGGAAAACAUCAGCUCGAGGGGUAGGUUAACUUAUGGGAAAAUUGGAAGAGUUGUGAUGAUAAUUCUUGGAUUGGGUAAGCUAAACAAUGAUUUGUAUGAGAAGAUUUUAAAAUUAUUUGGCGGUAUAAAUGGGAACCCACAGUGGAAAACAUUCAUUCAGAAUCUUUGUGGGAAUGUUGAUAUUACAUUUCCACAAGCUAUUGUGCCUGACAAUAUCAACAAAUCUCCAAGAGAGUGGUCCCUUCUAUUCAGGCUCUAUGAAGCUUUGAAGGAUACCUUUGAUGCCAACUGGAUGAAAGAAAAUGACUACAUAUCUCCUGGUUGUUUCUUGUAUCUUGUUGAGCGCCUCUUGAUCUUGGCAUCCUCUUUACAUGGUUACUUCAUCACUUCGAUGUCUUCUUUUGUUGAAUGGUUUAUCUAUGAAGAGGUAGAUAACAUCCCAAAUUCCACUUUUAUUUCUGGAGUGCAACCUUUCCUAGGAAGAAUCUAUGAGUCAAUUAUUAAUUUUGUUCGACAGCUUCUUUGUAAUAAGAAUGAUACACUUGAAUGGAUCAGAAUGUCUAAUAUUAUAUAUGCGAAGGAUUACUAUUCACUGCUGGUAUUGAGAUUGGUUGCAAUAAUAUGUUUGGUUUAUUUAAACUCAGGGAGUUUUUUGGAUUCACUUUCUGAAUUGCUUGGUAGGAGCUAUAUCACUGAGCAACUUCCAUUUGAAUUUUAUGAUGUCCUUAAGAGAAGACGGAAACAUUUACAUAUGGAUGUAAAUGUGCUUGCUGAAGCAUUUAAGAAGGUCCACAAUCCUCUUGUAAUUGUGAGUUUGGGAAAGGAUUGUUCGCAAUUUUUAUGUCCAGACGCCAUUUUUGUUGAUAUGACGGCAAAGCAGUCUUGGGAGGACAUGUUGAGAGUUAUGCGUCUUCAGACAGUCGAAGCCUCUCGAGGUCAAAUUGGAGCUAUUGAAGUGGGUGCAACUAAUGCUUGUGGUGAAGUUCUUUCAUCAGACAGUUAUGACCACGGGGGUUAUAAGCUUGUGCCUUCAAACUUGGCAAGUCAAGGUGAUUUGAACAACAUAAUUGGAAUUGAACUUCCCAUUAAUUAUAGUUACUUUUGGGAUAGAUUCUUCGAAGCUUUGAAACCAUUGGAGGUUGGUGGAAAAUCAAGGUGCAUUUGGGAUAGAUUCUUCGAAGCUUUGAAACCAUUAGAGGUUGGUGGAAAUCCAAGGUGCAUGUUGGAAAAUGACCAAGCAAUGAAGGUAAACCUGGGGAAAUGUAUUCACCUGUUAAGUAUUAUUAUGAGGGAAUGCCAUCAAAUGAAUAUUUACUACAAACAUGAAAACUUAUUGAAGGAAGUAGCUGGCAUGCUCGAGGAACUGAAUCUACUUUAUGUUGCAUUGGAUGCGAGAGAACUGCAACUUGAGAACAAUAUGUCAAUGAUUGGUGAACUUUCCAAGAGAUUACAGACAAGAAGACAACAUGUCGAACCAUUCCUGAGAUGGACAUCAAAAAUCGACAAUACAUUAGUGGAUUGGUACAAUGAGAUGGAUAGUGAUGGUGAGGCUAAGGAAGGUAGUAGUGUUGAUAAGGGUAAGUCAAAUGCUUCAAAAGUUGCUGCAGUGUCUGGAGCCUACAACCAAAGCAGCAAGGAAACACAAAACAAGGGUAAUAACAAGUCUAAGAAGAAGAAUAGGGGUAAAGGAAGCCAGAAGAAAUAAAUAGUUGUACAUGAGUUGGGAAGGUGUGAUGACACUAUGCUUUUAGAAAUAUUAAUUCUAAUGUGCUUUACAUCAUUGAAAGAGCCAUCUAAUACAUAUCUCAAUGUAAAGUAAGACUCAAGGCUGGAAUUAACUGCUUAUUAGUUUUGGUGUUAACUAGAUAGAAAUCAUUC